UCUCACCUCUGGAGUAUACUCUCAAUCUCACCUCUGGAGUAUACUCUCGUUAAAACGCGAGUUAACUAAAUAAGAGCGAUUGUGAGGGUAUCUACCAAGUUUAUAAUGCCAGUAAAGAAGAAGGGAGGAAAGAAAUCUGGUAAGAAAAAGAGUGCAAAGCCAAAAAGAAGUAAAGAAGAAAUCGCAAAGGAAAAACUGGAAAAGGCUGCUUCAGCAUUUGAAGCAACAGAAGAUCUCCAUGCAGCAUUUGUYGCUCGAAUGAAUAAAUGGUUGAUUGACAACUAUUCCAGAGCAAUAGACUUGUUUCGUAGGUUUGAUGUAGAUGGUGAUGGYGAACUAUCCUAUGAGGAGUUUUAUGCUGGAAUGAGAGACCUCAAUGCACCAGCAAAUAACCUAGAGUUAUAUGUACUUGCUAAAAAACUAGAUAAAGAUCAAAAUGAAAGACUGGAUUAUUUAGAGUUUUCUAAAGGUCUGCGGUAUUUUAAGAAAGAGGAGUGUGUACCAGAUGAUGGCUUACCUCCUUUGACAUUUGAAAGAGAGAAGCUUGAAAACUGUCCCUGCUGUAAAAUAGGGAUUUCAAAACCAUUGACAGAAAAGUUUCCUAGAUUCAUUAGUCUGGAGCUUAAACUGAUGACGUUUGCAAAUCUACCUCAUUUGAAGAACUACCCUGGACAUUUUCAACUUUAUGUUCAUGCUCAUAUACCUGUGYUAUCAAUUGUUGAAUUAAUAUGCGAGAGAUUUGGUGGAACGCCUAGAAAUGUAUCAAUCUACUGCGUAACUAAAGCUGGAGAGAAAGUGAAACUAAACCCUCAUGAUAAACUUCAAGACUGUGGAUUUCCUGGAGGUCCCAGGCCAGAGCCCCAACUUGUUGAGYUGUURUAUGACUAUGAGACAGAAUUUAGAGACUGUCCCCUCCUGAUGUGUGACUACUAUUUUACUUGAGAACACUUUUCUAAUUUAAUAUUUAUCCAUAAUGACAGACAUUUUUCCAAUAAAGAUUAUUUAUCAAUCUAGC